UAAAAUAUUUAAUAUUUUUUGGUAUGAGUUGCACAAGACAUGUGCUUGGAUUUUCCUUUAGAACAAGGUAUAAGUGUGGGACUUGAUAGGAAAUAAGGCAUUGUUUCUCUUUAACCUUAUUUGUGAAGAGAUGAUUUAACCACAUUCUAAGGUGGGCAUGUAGUUGUACUUAUGUCUUCAUCUCCCAACAAUAAAUAAGUUGCAACCCUACCCUUUUGGAAUUACCAAGGUUAAAAAUGUUUGGAGUGGGUAGAAAUGAAAAGGAAAGAAGAUGAACAAACUCCUAAAUUCUUCCUUCUUUUUUGUUUCAUAAACACCCUAACUAAACAACCCUUUAGCCUUUACUUAUUUACUCUUCCUAGACUACAUAAUACUUUUUACAAAAUACCCAUUAUUCUUCUUCCUAGAAAUAUCAUCGUUAUCAAUACAAUAUCUCACUCGAAAACAAGGUCUGGGUAAGAGAAAGUGACGGACAAAUCAUACCCGUACCCUUUAAAAGAGGGGACAAAUUAAAAUAUUCUUAGAAUCUUAUACCUUGAUGUUAUUGCAGAAUUUAUCCAUAAAUGGAAGAGAUCAACAAUGAAAUAUCAUCAUCAUCAUCAUCGAGGAAGAAUCGGGGUCGAGCUCGAUUCUCAGUGGAUGAAGGUGGGGAUUCAUCAGUAGAAUGUUCAGGGAAACAUUGUAGAUCAUGUUCUGCAACACUGCUAGCUGAUUGUGUUGCUAUGUGUUGCUGUCCUCUAGCCCUUGUCAGUCUCUUGGCUCUAGCAUUUGUUAAAAUACCUUAUUUAGCUGCAACUAAAUGUUUAAGGAAAAGGAAGAAAAACAAGAGAGAAUGCAACAAAAUUGAUCAAGUAAUAAAUAAUAGUGUUGAUUAUCAUAAUCAUCAUCAUAUUAGAGAUAUUAAUCUCAUUUCUGGGAGAUUAAGUCACACUAAAUCAGACAUUAUCUUUGAAUUUGGAAAAGAUAAUAAUAAUGAUGAUCAACAAGUGGAAGAAAGGAAAAGUUUCUGUGCUGCCUUUGAAGCUGAUAAAGUCUUGUUUGAGUUGUAUCAAGUGGGUCAUCUGGGUUUUGGUAGGGUGUCUUUUACUGGGAUUCAAUCUUUUUCCAAGGAAAAUCAGGGAUCCCUAAUCUCAAAUUCACCGUUGAGGAGUUGACCCGAUUAUUUAAUUAUGUAAUAAAGUAGAGAGUAUGAGUAAUUUUUAAUUAUAAAAUAGGUUAGGGGUAGGAGUCAAUGAAAAUCAAAUUCAGGCCUCGCCUGAAAAUAUGAUACUUGUUGCCAUUGAAACAAAACCUGACUCUCUAACGUCAAAGUAACUUAGGUUUUAGUUUAGUAGUUCAAAAACAAAAAUGGUUUAAAAAAAAAAAAAUAGAAAAAGAAAAAAGAAGAGGGUCUGAAUUACCCUGAGAAGGUAAAAAUUCAGGUAUUUUUCACCCAAGUGUGUGAAGAGUGUGUUUAUUGUGUAAUUGACUUUGAUACGUGAUUGGUCCUUUAUU